ACAACCCUGCGGAUGACCACCCGAUGCUUGCGUCGGCGGUUACGCAAAUUUGACGUCAGAAGAUUGGAAUUAAAACAUAUUGGAAUGGUUUUACGUUAUAGGGCCCAUGAUCUGCUUCUGCGAGCGACUGCUCUUCGUUGCGAACAGAAGAGCAACGCGCGUCUGCCACGCAUGCGCAGGAAGCGGAGCAGGCCCUCCCAGAGGCUGUGCUGGGCAACGUUCACGUCUGCGUUGACAUCUUCUGUUCCAAGUUUUCGCGCUUCCGAAACAUCGCGCGCAUGGCCGGAAUGCGACCUACCCUCAUCUUUCUCUCUUACCACGCCAACCUCGUCGAGGACCAACGAGGUACGUCUAUGUCAGUGACGCAGUGCCUGCGCAGACUGCUUCCUCCCGACUCGGUGAUUAUCUACUUCAAACUGGAACUCGUCCGACCCGCCGACGAAUCCGACGACGGCACGCACGAAGGCAUCUUCGGCGAGUUUCUUUUCCACGCCGACACGAUUCUGCCCGCGCCGGCGACGUACGACGAGUCCUGCGAAGAGAAGCCGCCGGGCAGCCCCGGCCCGUCCAACCAGAGUAAUGAGCCGCAACUUCAUCCCGACGAUGAGCCAGCCGCACCGGCGUUGCCCGCGCCGGCCCCCGACGAAGGGUCUCCACCGGUGACGGCGCCGCUCACCUGGCCUCGGCCCCUUCUCCCGCCUGGCGGUGACAGCAAUGGCGCCGUGUUCCACAACGUGCUGCCGGGAGUGCUUAUGUUUCAGGCCCUGCACGUUACCGAGGCCAGCCUGGAGGCGGACUCGUCCACCUCCUGCUUCACCGAGGAGGCCACACACAGGAGCGUGCAGGUGACGUCGGCGGCGAUCUUCAACACAAUGCCGAGCAGCCGGCUGAUGCCGUUCAUGCGCAGCCUGAGCGAGAAUUUCGGCUCGACAACCAACACCAUCGCGGUGGCAUUCCCGCGGGACCAGGAAGAGGCGCGGCAAGAGCUGGAAGCCUUCGAAUGCGUCUUCCCCAGUGUGCCGGCGCUGGCGAACCAGGCCACCGAAUUCAACGUCGACGGCCAGUAUGCACCGCACGGCCGGCUCAAGCUCAUACUGCUUCUCAUCAAGCUCCUCGACUGAGCAGGCGGCUGCACACAUCCGAGCAGUCGUGCGAAGAUGGACGACUGGGCGUCUUCGUCGGAUGCUUGCCCGCAUGUGUACACAGCUUUGUACAUAUCAUACAAUAAUCGGCCGACUGCACACAGCGUUUUA